AUGGAGCCGGCCGAGCUGGCUGGUUGCGGGGACCCCCCGGAGCCAGGCGGUUGCCCCGUUCCGGGCCCGCGGAGCUUCGUCCCGCAAAAGGAGAUUGUCUAUAACAAGCUGCUACCCUACGCCGAACGGCUGGACGCCGAGUCCGACUUGCAGCUGGCCCAGAUCAAGAGCAACCUGGGCCGGGCCGUGCAGCUCCAAGAGCUGUGGCCCGGUGGCCUCUUCUGGACCAGAAAACUCUCCACGUAUAUUCGUCUUUAUGGGAGAAAAUUUAGCAAAGAAGAUCAUGUUCUUUUUAUCAAGCUAUUGUAUGAGCUAGUAUCAAUUCCAAAACUAGAAAUCAGCAUGAUGCAGGGAUUUGCCCGUCUCUUGAUCAACUUGUUAAAGAAAAAGGAACUUCUUUCAAGAGAUGAUUUGGAAUUACCUUGGAGACCACUUUAUGACAUGGUGGAAAGAAUACUAUAUUCUAAAACAGAGCACCUGGGAUUAAAUUGGUUUCCUAAUUCUGUAGAAAAUGUUCUCAAAACACUCGUGAAAAGCUGCCGACCGUAUUUUCCAGCAGAUGCCACUGCAGAGAUGCUAGAAGAAUGGCGGCCUUUAAUGUGUCCUUUCGAUGUAACAAUGCAAAAGGCCAUCACUUAUUUUGAAAUAUUUCUUCCUACCUCCCUUCCUCCAGAACUUCAUCAUAAAGGUUUUAAACUUUGGCUUGAUGAAUUAAUUGGCCUUUGGGUUUCAGUGCAAAAUCUCCCACAGUGGGAGGGGCAACUAGUCAAUCUCUUUGCUCGAUUGGCUACAGAUAAUAUAGGGUACAUAGAUUGGGAUCCAUAUGUACCAAAGAUAUUUACGAGAAUUCUGAGAAGCUUGAACCUCCCAGUGGGAAGCAGUCAAGUAUUAGUUCCAAGGUUUUUAACGAAUGCUUAUGAUAUAGGACAUGCUGUAAUAUGGAUUACUGCCAUGAUGGGUGGACCAAGUAAGCUAGUGCAAAAACACCUGGCUGGUUUGUUUAACAGCAUCACAUCUUUUUACCAUCCUUCAAAUAAUGGGCGCUGGCUUAACAAGUUAAUGAAACUACUUCAGAGGUUGCCAAACAGUGUUGUUAGAAGAUUGCAUCGUGAAAGAUACAAGAAGCCUUCUUGGUUAACUCCAGUGCCUGAUAGCCAUAAGCUUACUGAUCAAGAUGUUACAGACUUUGUACAAUGCAUUAUACAGCCUGUCCUCUUGGCUAUGUUCAGCAAAACUGGUAGUCUAGAAGCAGCCCAGGCUCUGCAGAAUCUUGCACUUAUGAGACCUGAGUUGGUAAUACCCCCUGUACUUGAAAGAACAUAUCCAGCACUAGAGACGUUAACAGAACCUCACCAGCUCACAGCUACUUUAAGUUGUGUGAUUGGCGUAGCCCGCAGUUUGGUAUCUGGGGGCAAAUGGUUUCCUGAAGGUCCAACACACAUGCUACCUCUGUUGAUGAGAGCAUUGCCUGGGGUGGAUCCGAAUGACUUCAGUAAAUGCAUGAUCACAUUCCAGUUUAUAGCAACAUUUUCCACUCUGGUGCCUUUAGUAGAUUGUUCAUCUGUACUACAAGAAAGAAAUGACCUCACAGAAGUAGAACGAGAGCUUUGUUCAGCCACAGCUGAGUUUGAGGAUUUUGUCUUACAAUUUAUGGACAGAUGCUUUGGACUUAUAGAAAAUAGCACAUUGGAGCAAACAAGGGAAGAGACAGAAACUGAGAAAAUGACUCAUUUGGAGAGUUUGGUUGAAUUAGGUCUGUCUUCUACGUUUAGUACAAUCCUCACACAGUGUUCCAAAGAAAUAUUUAUGGUGGCCCUUCAGAAAGUUUUUAAUUUUUCUAUUUCACAUAUAUUUGAGACGAGAGUAGCAGGCCGCAUGGUGGCAGACAUGUGCCGUGCUGCUGUAAAGUGCUGCCCAGAGGAAUCUUUGAAGUUAUUUGUCCCCCACUGCUGCAGUGUUAUAACUCAGCUUACAACGAAUGAUGAUGUAUUGAACGAAGAAGAACUAGAUAAGGAGUUACUAUGGAAUCUUCAACUUUUGUCUGAGAUUACUCGAGUGGAUGGGAAGAAGUUGCUUUCUUAUAGGGAGCAGCUUAUAAAGAUUCUCCAAAGAACCCUACAUUUAACCUGUAAACAGGGUUAUACUCUGUCUUGUAACCUUUUACAUCAUCUUCUUCGUUCUACUACACUUAUCUACCCUACAGAGUACUGCAGUGUGCCAGGUGGCUUUGACAAGCCUCUUUCGGAAUACUUUCCUAUCAAGGACUGGGGUAAACCAGGGGACCUAUGGAAUCUGGGGAUCCAGUGGCAUGUUCCUUCUUCAGAAGAAGUGGCUUUUGCCUUCUAUCUGUUGGACUCCUUUCUUCAGCCUGAACUCAUCAAACUUGAGCAUUGUGGAAAUGGAGAACUCGAAAUGUCUAGAGAUGAUGUUCUACAGAGCCUGACUAUAGUGCACAACUGUUUAAUUGGCUCAGGAAACCUCCUACCUCCGUUGAAAGGAGAGCCAGUUACUCACUUGGUACCAACUAUGGUGUCUUUGAAAGAGACAAAGCUGUAUACUGGACUUGACUAUGAUCCAUCUAGAGAGAACCACCGAGAAGCAAUUGCUAGGGUCAUAAGGAAACUCCUUAAUCACAUACUUGCUAAUUCAGAAGAUGACACCAAGUCAUUGUUUCUUAUCAUAAAGAUUAUUGGAGACCUCUUGCAGUUCCAAGGAUCUCAUAAGCAUGAGUUUGACUCCCGGUGGAAAAGCUUUAAUCUAGUAAAGAAGUCCAUGGAAAAUAGGCUCCAUGGGAAAAAACAGCAUAUUAGAGCCCUAUUGAUUGACAGAGUAAUGUUGCAACAUGAGCUUCGAACACUAACUGUUGAAGGUUGUGAAUACAAAAAAGUACACCAAGAUAUGAUCAGAGAUCUUCUUCGUUUAUCUACAAGUUCAUACAGUCAGGUCAGAAAUAAGGCUCAGCAAACAUUUUUUGCUGCUCUUGGAGCAUAUAACUUCUGUUGCAGAGAUAUCAUUCCCUUGGUUUUGGAGUUCCUACGGCCUGAUAGACAAGAUGUUACGCAACAGCAGUUCAAGGGUGCCUUGUAUUGUCUCCUUGGAAAUCACAGUGGUGUAUCUUUAGCAAACCUUCAUGAUUGGGACUGUAUUGUACAGACGUGGCCAGCAAUUGUUUAUUCAGGACUUAGCAAAGCAAUGUCCCUGGAAAAGCCUUCAAUAGUGAGAUUAUUUGAUGAUCUUGCAGAAAAGAUUCAUAGACAAUAUGAAACAAUUGGGUUGGACUUUACAAUUCCCAAGUCAUGUGUUACAGUAGCGGAAUUACUUCAACAAUCAAAAAACCCUUCUGUCAGUGACGUAUUGCUUGCCCCAGAAGAAAUUAAAGAAGGACUUAAACGCCAGCAAGAGAAGAAUGCUGAUGCCCUAAGAAACUAUGAAAAUUUGGUAAACACUUUACUAGAUGGUGUGGAGCAAAGAAAUCUGCCUUGGAAAUUUGAACACAUAGGCAUUGGCCUGCUGUCUCUACUCUUGAGAGAUGACCGAGUGUUGCCGCUUCGUGCUAUAAAGUUUUUUGUUGAGAAUCUCAACCAUGAUGCAAUCGUAGUUCGAAAGAUGGCUAUCUCAGCUGUUGCUGGUAUUCUAAAGCAACUUAAAAGGACUCACAAAAAGCUGACCAUCAACCCCUAUGAAAUCAGUGGAUAUCCUAAACCUACACAAAUUCUUGCUGGUGAUAGGCCUGAUAAUCUUUGGUUGCAUUAUGACAGCAAAAGUAUACCCAGAACUAAAAAUGAAUGGGAAUCAAGUUGCUUUGUGGAAAAAACUCACUGGGGAUACUACACCUGGCCACGGAAUAUGGUUGUUUAUGCUGGUGUGGAAGAGCAACCUAAGCUUGGCAGAAGCAGAGAGGAUAUGACAGAGGCAGAACAGAUUGUAUUUGAUCAUUUUUCUGAUCCUAAAUUCGUUGAACAGUUAAUUAAUUUUCUAUCUUUAGAAGACAGAAAAGGAAAAGAUAAAUUUAAUCCCCGACGUUUUUGCCUCUUUAAGGGUAUAUUCCGGAAUUUUGAUGAUGCCUUUCUGCCAGUUCUGAAGCCCCAUUUAGAACGUCUGGUUGCAGAUUCACAUGAAAGCACACAGCGAUGUGUUGCAGAAAUUAUCGCUGGUUUAAUCAGAGGUUCUAAGCAUUGGACAUUUGAAAAGGUGGAGAAACUUUGGGAGCUUCUGUGCCCUCUGCUUAGAACAGCGUUAUCUAACAUUACGGUAGAAACUUACAACGACUGGGGAACUUGUAUAGCAACAUCCUGUGAAAGCAGAGAUCCUCGGAAACUUCAUUGGCUUUUUGAGCUGCUGUUGGAGUCACCAUUGAGUGGUGAAGGAGGAUCCUUCGUAGAUGCAUGUCGACUUUACGUUCUACAAGGUGGUCUUGCCCAGCAAGAAUGGAGAGUGCCUGAACUAUUGCACAGACUACUGAAAUACUUGGAACCCAAACUCACACAAGUUUACAAAAAUGUCAGGGAAAGAAUAGGGAGUGUGCUGACCUACAUAUUCAUGAUAGAUGUUUCCUUGCCAAACACUGCACCAACAACAUCCCCUCGUGUCCCUGAGUUUACUGCUCGAAUCCUAGAGAAACUUAAACCCCUCAUGGAUGUGGAUGAAGAAAUUCAGAACCAUGUUAUGGAAGAGAAUGGAAUUGGUGAAGAAGAUGAACGAACUCAGGGCAUUAAACUCUUAAAAACUAUAUUGAAGUGGCUGAUGGCGAGUGCAGGAAGAUCCUUCUCUACAGCAGUCACAGAACAACUCCAGCUUUUACCUUUGUUUUUUAAGACAGCAAGAAGCAGUUCUUGGCAUGCUAGAUAUACAGUACUGACCUACCUCCAGACCAUGGUAUUUUAUAACCUCUUUAUUUUCUUAAACAAUGAAGAUGCAGUUAAAGAUAUCAGGUGGCUGGUUAUAAGUCUUUUGGAGGAUGAACAAUUAGAGGUUCGAGAAAUGGCUGCUACUACCUUAAGCGGUCUGUUACAGUGUAACUUCCUUACCAUGGAUAGUCCUAUGCAGAUUCAUUUUGAGCAACUUUGCAAAACAAAACUACCCAAGAAACGAAAACGAGACCCUGGUUCUCUAGGAGAUACCAUUCCUUCUGCAGAGUUGGUUAAACGCCAUGCUGGGGUCCUAGGACUUGGUGCCUGUGUUCUUUCUAGUCCUUAUGAUGUUCCCACCUGGAUGCCCCAGCUCCUUAUGAAUCUCAGUGCACAUCUGAAUGAUCCUCAGCCUAUUGAGAUGACUGUAAAAAAGACCUUAUCCAAUUUCCGAAGGACGCAUCAUGACAACUGGCAAGAACAUAAACAGCAAUUUACUGAUGACCAGCUGCUUGUUCUCACCGAUCUCCUUGUGUCACCAUGCUAUUAUGCAUAG